AAACUGGUGAAACAAAUAAAAGAGCUUGCUGGUUAACAAAAAACUGAAAUUAUUAUAUAGCUUCAGAGGGAGUUACAUAGCGACUGCGAGAGGAGACCAGAAGCCCUGAGGAUGUGUAGGUAAUGCUCCCAGAGAACUGUGGGGUGCCAUGUCUGAAGAGGCAAACUCAGGGAGCGAUAUGGAGCUCGACCUGGAGGAAGAGGAUCUGGAAGAGGAGGAGGAGGAGGAGGAGGAGGAGAUGGAGGAUGACGAGAACGAUGGAGAUGACGAGGACGAAGCCCCUGACCAGCCUCAGGGCACCCCUUUCAGUGCAGAGAAUGAAGCGCAAGGAGCGGACAGCUCGGGGUGGCAGUGCACCCCGCCAUCUACCUCACCGUCAGGAGAACCCCCCUCGCAGUCCUCCUCUCGACCCCCCUCACAACCCAACAGCCACAGCCCCCCCUCCCACCCCGACAGCCCCAGCCCCAGCCCCGUCCCUCCCGGAGACGCCAAGAAGAGACUCUCCAAGCCCGCCCACAUGAGGAGGAACAUCCGGAAGCUCCUGAGGGAGCAUCAGCUGGAGGCAGUAACCAAAGCCGCCCAGCAGGAGGAGCUGGAGAGGCGCAAACGCUUGGAGCAGCAGAGAAAGGACUUCCCAGUGCCUCACCUUCCCGAAUUCCCCACAGGAGUGUUGGGCUCGGGGGAGGUGUCUCAGAGCUCCUCGGCCCAUCUUGCCAAGCAGGAGGUGAUCUGCCUGGACACCAGCAACAGCAGCGCCAGCACCAGUGAGGACGACAGCAAGGGCCCGUCCGCCAACGCAGUGAAGGACGAUAUCAUCGAGCUGAGCUCGGGUGAGGACGACAGCCUCGGCCAGUCGCUCCACGAUGACGAGGAAGACCGAGCCACGCCCGGCACGGACGAGAGCAGCGGAGCCCACAUCAACGACGCCCUCAACCAGCCCGACGCCCAGGGUCGGGUCCUCGUCAACAUCAACCACCCGGCCAACGAGAAGGACCUGUUCCUCGCUCCGCAGCUGGCUCGUGCGGUCAAGCCGCACCAGAUCGGUGGAAUCCGCUUUCUCUACGAUAACCUGGUGGAGUCUCUGGAGCGCUAUGGGAACAGCAGCGGCUUCGGCUGCAUCCUGGCUCACAGCAUGGGCCUGGGCAAGACUCUGCAGGUCAUCUCCUUCAUCGACAUCCUCCUGCGUCACACCGGAGCUCACACUGUGCUGGCCAUCGUCCCUGUGAACACGCUGCAGAACUGGCUGGCCGAGUUCAACUUGUGGCUACCGGCCAGGGAGGCCCUGCCCCAGGAGAGCGACCCAGACAACAUCACGCCCCGCCCCUUCAAGGUCUACAUCCUCAACGACGAACACAAGACCACAGCUGCCCGGGCCAAGGUGGUGGCCGACUGGUCAGAAGCAGGCGGAGUGCUGCUCAUGGGUUACGAGAUGUACCGGCUGCUGUCGCUGAAGAAGAGCUUUGUCGCAGGCAGGAAGAAGAAGUCCAAGAAGCCCACGGGUCCUGUCAUCAUCGACCUGGACGAAGAGGACCGGCAGCAGGAACUGCUGAAAGGGAUCGAGAAGGCCCUGUCGCGGCCCGGACCGGACGUGGUGAUCUGCGACGAGGGCCACCGCAUCAAGAACUGCCACGCCAGCACGUCGCAGGCCCUGAAGAACAUCCGCUCACGGCGGCGCGUGGUCCUCACCGGCUACCCCCUGCAGAACAACCUCAUCGAGUACUGGUGCAUGGUGGACUUCGUCCGGCCGGACUUCCUGGGCACGCGGCAGGAGUUCAGCAACAUGUUCGAGCGGCCCAUUCUGAACGGGCAGUGUAUCGACAGCACGCCACAGGACGUGCGGCUCAUGAGAUACCGCAGCCACGUCCUGCACAGCCUGCUGGAGGGCUUCGUGCAGAGGCGAGGUCACGACGUGCUGAGGAACCACCUUCCCUCCAAGGAAGAGCAUGUGAUCCUGGUGCGGCUGUCACCUGUCCAGCGGGCGCUCUACACCCAGUUCAUGACCCGCUUCCGGGAGGCGGGAAACAGCGGCUGGCUGGGCCUCAACCCCCUCAAGGCCUUCUGCGUCUGCUGCAAGGUCUGGAACCACCCGGAUGUCCUGUAUGAAGCUCUGCAGAAGGAGAACCUGGCCAAUGAGCAGGACCUGGACCUGGAUGACCUCAGCACUGCAGGCAACAACCGCUGCACAGCCCCGGGCCUGAAGGGCAAGCCCAGCGACUCGGCCAACAGCAAGUUCAUCGCAGGCCUCAACCUGGGCUCGCUCCAGGAGAGAGCCAACCAAGUCAUCACCUACGAAUGGGCAAAGGAUAUCAUGAGUACCUACCAGACAGGCAUCCUGGAGAACUCGGCCAAAAUGGUACUGCUGUUCCACCUAAUUGACGAGAGUGUAAGGAAGGGAGACAAGAUCCUGGUGUUCAGUCAGAGCUUAUCCACGCUGUCAGUCAUUGAGGAGUUCCUGGCCAAGAGGCCCAUGCCGGCUGCCAGAGGCAGUGCUGAUGGCCAGAGUCAGAACUGGGUUCGCCACGUCAACUACUACAGGCUGGAUGGAAGCACAUCGACCUCCGAGAGAGAGCGGCUCAUCAAUCAGUUCAAUGACCCUGGGAACACCUCCACCUGGGUCUUCCUGCUGUCUACCAGGGCGGGCUGCCUCGGGGUGAACCUGAUCGGGGCGAACCGCGUGGUGGUGUUCGACGCCUCCUGGAACCCCUGUCACGACGCGCAGGCCGUCUGCAGGGUCUACCGCUACGGCCAGAGGAAGCCCUGCCACAUCUACAGACUGGUGUGUGACUUCACCCUGGAGAAGAAGAUCUACGACCGGCAGAUCUCCAAGCAGGGCAUGUCAGACCGUGUGGUGGACGACCUGAACCCUGUGCUCAACUUCACACGGCGGGAGGUGGAGUCGCUGCUGCACUUCGUGGAGGAGGAGCCUGACCCGGCCAGGGUGCAGAUCGAGCGCCAGAACGAAAUGGAGGAGGUGAUCCUGCAGGCCUGCAGACUCUACCCCCAGCUCAUCACCAAGCAACCCUUCCACCACGAGUCUCUCCUAAUGGACCGGAAGGAGAUGAAGCUGACCAAAGCGGAGAAGAAGGCUGCCAAGAAGAGCUACGAGGACGAGAAGCGGGCGUCUGUGCCCUACACACGCCCGUCCUACGCCCACUACUACCCGGCCAGCGACCAGAGCCUCACCAACAUCCCGGCAUUCAGCCAGCGCAACUGGCGCCCCCCUCCCCGGCCGGAUGAGAAGCCUGUGGCCAGCGUCCGCCCGGUCCAGUCCACGCCCAUUCCCAUGAUGCCCCGGCAGGUUCCCCUGGGCCCCGGCGCCUCAUUGGCCAGCUCCAGCUCAGGGGUCAACUUCCCUGUCAACUACCUGCAGAAAGCAGGGGUCUUUGUGCAGAAGAUCGUCACGACCACAGAUAUCGUGAUUCCCGGGACCAACAGUUCGGCCGAUGUUCAGGCUCGCAUCAGUGCCGGAGAGAGCAUUCACGUGAUCCGGGGAACCAAGGGGACCUACAUCAGAACCAGCGACGGCCGGAUCUUCGCCAUCCGGGCCGCCGGCAAGUCCAGACCGGGGGAGGAGAGCUCGACCACGCCCAGAGACUCUCAGAGGUCCUCCUCCGAGACCCCCAGCAACGGCCGCAACGGCUGCUCGUCCCCGGACCGCAAGCGCCUUACCCCGGACGGGCUGGCCCGGCCGCUGUCCCCAGACGGGCCGGAGAUCCUGAGCGAGCUGCGCAGGUACACGGGCGGGGUGGAGCUGGCUGGGGGGCAGGAGCGCCCUCUGGAGGGCGGCGGUGGGAAGGGCGAGGGCACGCAGCCCGGAGGAGACACGCCGACCGCCCUGGACCUUCGCGGCACCAAACGCAAGCCCUCCUCGCCCAACGCCGAGGAGCCCGGCGCCAAGCAGCCGGCCGCCAAACGGACCUCCAUGGCGCUGCCGCUGCAGGGGCUCCCGCUGGGCGCGGGGUACGGCCUGCCCCCCGUGGGGCUCAGCCCGGCCCUGCUGGGCUCCAUGGGCCACCCCAUGUUCAUGGGCGCCGGCUCGCCCUACUUCCAGCCCCACGGGCAGCUGGGCGACCCCCGGCUCAUGUUCCCCGUGACCCCCGACCCCUUCGGCCUGUCCGGCGCCUCGUCGUCGGGGCCCUCGUCCUCCUCCAGCGCCUCCGUGCCCUCGUCCUCGGGGGGCUCCGGGGCCGGCUCGGCCUUCCUGCUGGGCUCCGGCAUGGCCGGCAUGCUGCCCCCCGGGUUCCCCCUGUCCUACGGCCAGUCGCUGCUGCCCGAGCCCCGAAUGUACCCCGCCUCGCUGCUCCCCGGGGGCCUGCCCGCCACGCCGGGCCCCGCCGGGGCCAGCUUCCUGUCCCACUUCUCCUCCCCCGGCCUCCGUCGCCACGCGCACGCCGUGCCCGAGGCCGGGGGGAGCAGCUCGGACGAUGACGUCAUCGAGGUGACGGGACACUGAGCUCUGAAGGGGGGAUGGUGUGGGCCGGGGGGAGGAGAGGGAGCUCUCCACACAUGCAAGCCCAGCCCAUCUCCCUACCUCUGGAGAGACUGAGAGGGGGACCCCCAUACACAGACUGGACUGGGGAAACAAAUCCUUAUGCUGAAUAUCUUAUUUAAGAUGACGGAACUGUCGAUGGAACUGAGCACGAGAGCGGUUGGAUGAAUCAGUGGACUUGUGGAAUGUGGGGCUUCCAGUUGCUGCCCUGUACUGGACCAUCACUGACUUUACUGCCAGGCGGGCCUAGGCCUGCAGAGACUCCCCCCUGCCUCAAGGGGCACUGUCUACUUGGAGACUGUCUGGCAGACCAGUGCAGUUGUCUGCUUGAACUGUUUGCAUUUUUCCAGCAGGUGAUUUUAGGUUAGUAUUUUGCUUGUUUGAUAGACAAUAGUUCAUAGUUGCACCUGUUGGAAUGGAGGAAAAAUAUCAUUGACCUGAUUGUUUUGAUUAUAAAUAUUCUUAUUAUUGCUACUAUUAAUAAGAUUUUAUAAAUGGUCAUAAUCAUAAAAAUUUCCCUGAAGGUUAAAAAGAAAAAUGCUUUGCCCUUGAAAAUGUAGACGGGGCAGGGAUGUUUUUUCCCUUCAGGGAGUGCUGGGAAGUGGGGUUGGGAAUAAAGCUGUGCUCCAGGUUAGUUACAAAAAAGAAAAAACAACCAAGACAAAAAAGAAAGACUUAAAAACCUUAAACUCAAAAAGAAUGUAUUUUCAUUUCAGCCUUUAAUGAUAAAACAGUGGGCGAAGGGCUUCGGUCCUAGCAUUAUUUUUGGGAAAUAUAUUUUGUUUUGUUGUUGUUGAUAUUUUGAAAUGGAUUGCCUGCGCGUUACAGUGCACGGGGGCGGGUCACUGCCGCCAGUACAGCAGGAGUAGCUCACACUGUCCAAAGGGCAGCCAAUCCUAUUGCCUUGCCUCCAUCUCACCGAAUGUUCACCAGGAUGUCAGAAACAUCUGCUCCAAAUCAAACUCCUGUCCGUUUUGUCUUACUGUAGCUGCAUUAAGUGCUGCAAAAAAAAAAAACACACAGGAAAAUCCAGUGUCUGUCCUGAAAACUGACCCGAUGUCAGGUCAGUAGUUCUGUCUUAUGCUAUGUCCUUCCAUUUGUCAUGUUAUCAUGGUUUCCUGAGAGGACACACAUCAAUUUUCCAUUGACUGGUUUUACACAACACGUUCAUUUAACACCUGUUCCCCUGCACCUUCUGCUCUUAGGUUUUAUUUUUUACUUUUGGAAAGUACAGGUUGUCUGUGAUUAGAGUUAAAUGAGAAGUUCAGUUUCUUGAAUUAAACAACCAUUUUACAUUUCUAAUAGCCAUCUUGGCUAAAGCGCUUCGUUCAGUUUUCUCAGCAUUAGAAAAGGCGUGACUCCAAAGCACCACUGCUGAGAUUUUCUUUCUCCAUUACACCUUGGCGUUGGGUGCAGAGGGGUUUUUCAUAGAUACGUUAUAGACCUCACACCAAAUUCUCAACAUCAAGCUUACAAACUGUGAAUGGGACUCUCUACAUUAUUAAACCAUUGAACAUUUCUAUCAUAAAACAUGCCCCAGAGGAAGUAAACCUGCUGUUUUUGCAAAUCUCUUUCUGUAUUGACCAUUCAUAGAGGAGGUUGUUGCUGUUUGUUUCUGGUCUCUGUAACCAGAUUUUCAAAUGUUUUUGGGGCGUCGGGAAAGUUGGUCUGUAAUUGUGUUUACAAAUGUUUGGGCCAAAAGUGAAUCCUGAUUCACCCCGAUACAAACAGCCUGGUACCUUCACCCAGAGCCCAUCUUGGGAUCCAUUACCCUUUCUCCACACCCACGCCCUCACACACCGCCACACCCCAGCUCCACUGUCCUAACUGAAGGUCGGAGCUUUGAACUGCCUCGCCCUUCCCUUAGGUUGGAACGCGCCCCAACUGAGUUCAAACUGCUGGUAGUUCUGACUCCUUGAUUCUCUGUUCUCUCUCAAAAUGGAGGCUGCAUCGUUUCACCAAUGUUUUCAUAAAUUACCAUUACUUUUCUUUUAUACCAUACUUAAUGUUAGUUUACCUGUGUUUUUUUCCAAUGUAUGAGUUUUCCAAAUUAAUUUAUUUAUGAUGGUGUAUAUUUAUUCAUUUGUAUUUUUAUUUUUGUAUGCUUUUUUUUUUUUUUUUUUGUAUAUUUCUAUUUGGGGUUUUUUUUUUUUUUUCAUAAGUUGGUCACAUGGAUUGUUGUGUUUCCUGAGGCAGGAAAGGAGAAAUCGGCAUAUGACCAAAGUGUGUGUAAAAAUCAGGACCAAUGGCCACACCCAGACAGGGUGCUCACCUCAUGAACACACUGAGAAAAUAGAUGGCUUAAAAACAUUUUUUUAAGUUAUUUACUGUUUUAUUGAUAGAAAAUAAAAAGUAGUUCCCCCAAGUAUUCGGUUUUCAAAUGUGUUGCUAUGACUGCUUUUUCAUAGCUGUCUACUUGAAUUAAAGUUUAUAUUUCUCAAAGCAUUGAGUCAGUGAUGAACUGGCUUUAUCUCUUCUGCUCAUGUGUACUGUUGUUUGCAGCCAGACUGAACAGGAACCCUAGACAAGAGCAGAGACGCUGACCUGUAUGGACACAGUCAUGUCUGUAACAUUAGACAGAUUCAAAUUAUUUCAGGUUUUUUUGUUUGUUUUUCAAGUUUGUAAAUAAAAUAAAAUAUUUGAAAUGCCGUUCUUGGCACAUUCUCUCUUUGGAACACCUUAGCCCCUGAACCAGUAAUGUAACAGAGUCACAAGGGCGUCACAAUCUGGCACACGGAUCGUUGCAGAGGAAGAGCACCUGUAGAUCCACCUUAGAUUCUUUUAGAUGAUAUUCCUGUAGAGAAUUAUCUUGGCCAUGCAACCCGUGCAUUUUAAUUAGUUUCUAGACUAAGCUAGAGUAGUAAUGCUUUAAGGUCUACCAAAAUGUCCCAUUUUAGUUUGCAGGAAAGAAUAGUAUCGGUUAUGGUUAGCCUGACAAUGAAUGUUUGACACAAGGCAUUACUCGGCUGUAGAAUGAAAGAUUAACCAAAAACACCUUUCUUUUUUUAUGGAUUUCAUUUCAUACCAUGAACGACAGCUCAGUGAUAUUGCAUUUUUCUUAUUUCUUUUUUAUGCUACCUUGGCCCUUGGGAAAAUUAGCUGAACACAGAAAGCUGUAUAAAUGGCUAUAUUCCAUCUCACCAUGACUGGUGAAUGACCGUAGCACUGUAUCCUAAUGUGGAAGGACACAUCAGAAGUGUUUAAUCAGCCGUAAACAAGCUAUAGUAAACCAGUCAACCAGAGCUCCUGUCUGUUCAUAGUCUGUCCUGCAUGUGCAGCCCCGUGCGCCAGCGCACACGCAAUUACGUCAUUUUCACAGUCUAUUACCAGAAAAGUAUUGGCACUGUUGUUGGUAGAUGUGGAGUUGACCAUCCUUGAGGAUUGAGGAUAGGUUAAAAACAAAUAAAUAUGUACUCCUCUGAACCGAUUUGUAUUGGUACACCCCAAUAUACAAUUUGAGGAAAGUACAAGUUCUUAAUUUAGUUAAAAUGUACAUUUUCCAUUAUUUCAUUUUGCCAUUUUGCAAUUAUGGCAAGUAUAACAAGGAACAAGGUUGUUGGACUGUGUGGAGCCUGGUGCUGGUCGUCUUAUACUGGCAGUUGCCAAUGACACUUGUAGCUGAACUUUCUUCACCAUACAGUUGCUGAUGGUUAAAACAUGCUUGACACUUCCCCUGUGACUUUUUUUUUUUUUUUCUUGCUUUCUUUUCAAAUCCUGUGACACAAAUAAGUGAAGCUUAAUAUCUGACGUUAAAACCAUUGUCUUAUUUUUUAUGUUAAAUUGUACUUGAUUUAUUUUUUUAAUUAACCAAAUGAAAAGUUGUUAAAUAUUCCAAGCAAUUUUUAUUUGGAGUUGUGUAUCCCCAGUGUUAAACAUCUGUGCUGCUCAAUGAAUGUUACAAAUCCCACCAGAGACUAAAUCCAGACACAUUUACUAUUCAUUGUCUAUUUAGCAGCUUGUGUGCGCAUGCAGUUAGCAUUUACAUUCGUUGUAAAGGGAAAUGAGGCAUUAGCAUUGGAAUUGAAUUCAAAGACUCCAUUGUGUAUUUUGAGAAUUCGUCCAUUAUCAUUUCCUAAGACUGCCGACUGAAGCUGUAGAUUUAUUUUCCCCAUGUUAUGGAUUAGAUAAUUAUGACUUCUAGAAGCCUUAGAUUACAUCAUUAGCUAUGCAAGAGUUCUGUUUCAUUAUAUCUCAAGAAUAAGUGCUUUUUUUGUAACUUAUCAUGAUGUUGUUACUACACUGAAAUAGAAAUAAACCUAAAAAGUGAACUUUGAGGACAGACCCAACAUUUGUUUUACAUGUACAAGAGAUUGUUCGAUGUCUGUUUGCCAAUGUUGUGUAGCUUCUUCAAAGAAAUGUGUGGGUGGGGCUGGGUAGGGUGGGCUUGCUAGUGCUCCUUUGGUUCAGAUCUGUAUUGCUGUGUUUGGCUGUGUGUUCUGUAUUGUGAUACAUACACCAUAGGGGAGGUGUGUGGAGGCCUCGGGCAUCUCCUUUGGGGCUGUGAAGCAGUCCUACUUUCCAAUUCUGGAAAUAAACCUUUCAAACAAGGGCAGAGACGUAAGGAAGAUGUCACAGGGAUCGGUUUCCAAAAAAACUCGUAAGGAACCAUGUUGUAAGGAAACUUGCAUUAUUCCUUUAUUUCACUGAUUACCUUGCAGUAACACAAUUGGAUUUAUUUUUACACCGAGUAACAGCAAAGGGAGGAGAGCCACUCAAUGGAAAUGUUACUUGCAUGCUGCUGGGUAAUGCAGUAUAUUAAAGGCCAAUGGUAUACUAGGUCCCCUCACGCCUCCUUUGGGUCAAAAACUGCUAAUUGUGUCUUUUCUGUAUUCAUUACUUGCAGUAGACAAGUGAAGGACAUGACGCACAUGCUGCUUAUUUGAACUGCGUACAGCACAAUUAGUGAGCAUGACCUAAUGAUGAUGUAAUGUGUUCAAAUUUUUUGGACGCUCUGAUUGGCUGUAUGUUUUCAGGCAUUGAGUGUCCAGUUCACACUGCUGCUCUUCCUGAUCUGCCAGAAUGCUUUGAUUGGGCAUGCUCCUUUAGUGGAGUUUCAGUUCAACAAAGGAAAUUAUUGUUGAUUACAUUGUUUUUUUUUUUGGCUCUGUUCUUGUUAUUUGUAGUAGCACUUCUGCUGUUUAGAACCUUUUUUACAUUAAAAAUGUAAUGUCUA